GAUUUAUAACUGCAUUUUUUUAGGUAUAACAUUUUACUAGUAAAAAUUAAAUUUACACAGUCUGUACAUAUAUUUGCAUCAUGGGAUGCGCAUUUAGAUUUAUUCAGUACAUAACAUCACUUUUUAUUUUGGCUUGUCUUGGGUUAAUAACCACCUCUGCAGUUCUUGAUUUUUGGUGGACUAAUGAUUAUUUCAUUCAACAAGAUGCUAAGGGUUUAUGGAGAAAAUGUAUAAAGAGGAUUACUUAUGACACUUAUAAUUGUGAAACUUAUGACAACCUUUUCAAAUUUUCUAACUAUAAAGAUACAGAUAUCUUGUUGUUAUCACUUUGCGUUUGUGCUGUUUUUAUGAGUACUGCAUUCAUUCUUAUUUUAAUCAGUAUAUGUCAAAGAUAUCCAUCAAAGUGUCUCAUUCUGUUCAAAGCAGUUAUGACACUUUUUGGAGUUUUUGCUUGUGGUUUUGCUUUGUUUUGGGGUCUGUUUAAAGUUGAGAGACCGUCCUCUAAUACUAAACUUGGGUUUGUGUUUUAUCUAAUGUAUGGAGCAAUGGGAAGUGCUGUACUUGCUUUGAUAUUCUCGAUCGUAUUGCUCUGUAUCCAAGCCCCUGGAGCUUACAGAGUAACUAAAAAAGAUGAUGAAAUUAUAAUGCUUGCACGUUAGAGCAAUGAAAUUGUAAAAAUAAAAGCGUUAACUCUGAAACAUUAUCAAAGAGAUUCAGUCAUGUGAGAGAAUCAUGAAAAUGUUUUACGUUUUAUGAUAAAAAGUUUUGUACCUUAUUAUGAA